UCCCAGCAGGCAGGGACCGGCAGCUCUGCUCUACUGGGACUCAGGUGAGGGGCGACUCCAAGGACUGAUUUGUGGAAAAGAACUGACUCACCAUGAAGCUUUUCACGGGCCUCGUCUUCUGCUCCUUGGUCCUGGGUGUCAGCAGCGAAUGGUAUUCGUUCUUUAGCGAGGCUGCUCAAGGGGCUUGGGACAUGUGGAGAGCGUACUCUGACAUGAGAGAAGCCAAUUACAUAGGUGCAGACAAAUACUUCCACGCCCGGGGGAACUAUGAUGCCGCACAGAGGGGACCUGGGGGCGCUUGGGCGGCCAGAGUGAUCAGGUAACACGGGCUCCCGGGGAUGCAGGGCUGGGUGAGCUGAGCCUGGCUGCCUUGGACAGGCAGGAGGGGUCAAGCCAUGGAGAAGUCUCCUGUAGACACUGUGGCUCCUCCUUCUCUUGCCCACCCUCCCCUCUGCGCCCAGUGUUGGCAUGAGUGGCCGAUGGGGUCAGAGCAAGGUCAGGAGGAGUGGGUGAUUCCUGAUCCUCCCCCUAUGGGUGCUGUUCACCCAUUAAGGGAUGAGCCUGGGCUGAGAUGCUCUGUUUCUGGGCCAGGGGGUCAGUGUUUUAGCCCCUCUUUCCUUGGCUCCUGUCAACAGCUCUCCCUUGCAAAGAAGAGAGAUGGGGGUUAUGGGCAAUUGCUCCUCAGCCCCCUAAUUAAUCUCCUACCUGCCUUUCUGCAUUCCAGCGAUGCCAGAGAGAAUUCUCAGAGAGUCACAGACUUUUUCAGGCACGGAAGCAGCGGCCACGGAGCAGAGGACUCGAAGGCUGACCAGGCCGCCAAUGAAUGGGGCCGGAGCGGCAAAGACCCCAACCACUUUCGACCUGCUGGCCUGCCUGACAAGUACUGAGCUUCCUCUUUGCUCUGCACUCAGGAGAGGGGCUGGGAGUCCCCUGAGGGCAGGGACGCGGAGUCAUUGAGCUCUCUGUCCACAGAGGCUGAUGGAGGGCACCUGACAGGGGUCUAAUAAAUGCUUAAGAGAU